AUGUCUGUGAAGCUCGAAAUCGAGGCAAACCCCAAAGAUACCAUCUCUAGUCCAGCACGCCAAAUUAUACCUAACGAGCAGAGGAGCAUGAACUUACCAGGAGACAUACUUCUUCAGAUAUGCGAAGAGUUAGCCACUCAACUAGAGUUUGGAGUUCUUUUCAAUUGUGCUAUCUCCGGAAAGCAAUUGGUUGGCUCGGCGUUGCAAUGGCUAUAUAGGACACAUAAUGAAUACUUGAGGAUUAUUAGCAGUGAAGGAGAGGCUCCUGAGUGGGCAAAAAUCCAAAAGCGCAAUUCUAAAUACAGCGCGGCUUCGAAGUGGGCAAAAUUAUGGCAAUCUAUUGUACGCUCUAGUCUAGGGACUACUGCCUAUCCAUACUGUCUAUAUAUACGAUCGCUCGAUCUAACCAAUCUAUCGAAUCUUCUCGAGGAUAGCACCUUCCGAAUGGCUGCAAUGGAUAACUUCUUUGCUGAUGAGAUGGCAGAGUUUCUAAGUGUAGAUGGGACACCCAGAAGGCGAUCAAAAAGAGGUCCGCAAGUACGACUCAAUACUACAAAUAUUCUCAAUCUGAUAGGAGAAUCUAUCACAAGAUAUGUCAGCGAGCGCGCGGAUGAAAACCAGACAACGGUUGCUUUAGAGAAUCUUUCAGGGGAUAUCACAUCAGUUGCAUUACCAAUAUGGGCGGGACGCUUAUCAAGACUGAAAUCCAUGACGAUUUGGGACGGGAAGUCACUGAAUGAGAACGUUGCGACGGUGAUCUCGAAAAGCUGUCUCAACUUUGACGAGAUCCGUAUAUUCGUGUGUUCAGAUGAUACCGAUCACAAUCCUGCAUCAUUCAUAAAAGGCCUCAGACAGAACAGUCUUCUUUCACUCGAGGUUUUGUCUAACUGUAGGAUUGGUCCUUCUUUUCUGACCGCUCUAAACCAUCAUUCCGAAUCACUGAAGAGCUUGAGGCUACAGAGCCUUAAUUCAGAAGCCAUCAAGAACCUCAACAUUCUUCAAAGAUGUACUGCGCUUGAGAUACUCGAUCUAGAGGAUAGUCAACAUAUUGUGGACUUGGAAGCUACAGAGAACGAUGUAUUUCUUGAAGUCAUCGAAUGGUUGGGGCGCUGCGAGAAGCUCCGAGAACUGGUUCUAAACAGAAUCGUUUGUGCCCCAGCCGUUUUAAAGCAGGUUUGUCUACGAAACGAUAUCCGACUGCAACGGUUGGUAGUUACUGGCCCUUCUCUUGUCAAUGAUACAGAAUUUCAUAGAGCGAUCUCACACCAGACUGAACUCGAGGUCCUUGAACUUCGAGGUGGUUCGGACGAGGUAUUUAGAGUCAGAGAUGACAUUGAUAACCUUCUCACAUCCAUAUGUCAACUCACUAAACUCAAGGAACUUACCAUCAUGGAAUCGUUUGAAUAUUUCAGUAGUAACGAAAUCAAACGUCUCGCAACAAGCCUGCCACUUCUCGAAAAGUUUCACUUCUCAGGUUAUGGUAUUGGAGAUGAGAUCUUGCCCUAUUUAUCAAAAUUACAUAAUUUGCGAGACGUGUCCAUCGCUGCAAUUUCUAGUUUCACUCUCGAUGGCUUACUGGCCUAUGUUUCGACUUUACGAGAUACAAACCAAGGUCUUGUACUUUCAGUUAUGAGUCAGAAUUCCGACCAAGAUCUUGCACCCUUAGAGUUACAGCUCAUCCGAGAAGGAAUGAUCGCGAAAGUAGACGGAAAGUUUGACUUUGCAUUGCUGAGAGAGGUGGCGGAAUCGGAGUUUGAUUCUGCGUCUGAUUAG